AUGGAAAAUCAAACUACCUUUAUUCUGUUAAGCUAUUACCUUUCGAACUCUCUUCUGGAACAAGCUUUAUCAAUUUUGCAGAAAUGUUCAAGAUCUGAAACUGUCAGAAACGCUAAGGCCGUUCUGGUCUUUUGGCCCGCGUUGUCAGAACCGAGAACCGUAUUGAAAUUGAUAGAGGCUCUUGAGUCGUCGCAUGAGAGAGAAGGACAAGAAUUUUGGGAUGAUAUGCUUGAUGAUGAGAUGAAACUUAUCGUCGAGUUAGAAAGCGAUGCUUUGUCGAAAAGGUACGACUCUGUUAUGUGUUUUAUCAAUGAUACGAUUUCUUGUCAGGCGAUAGAGAUGACAUCUGAAAACUGGUGUUUUGAAUUAAUAAAGGGUAAAAUUCGCGGCUAUGAUAAACUCCUGGAGGAUCCUUCGGCAUAUAAGGUAGUUUGGAACUCACAUUUGGCAGAAAAAUAUCCGGAUUUGCAGAGGUGGACUGUGGGCGUGGUUAAGCCUUUGGGUCACUUAAACGCACGUAGCAGUGAUUUUCUAACCAUUGAGUUAUUUGAGAAGCUCAAUUAUUUCGAGGCUCUCGAACUGAUGUGGUUUACAGCGCAGGAAAGUAAUAGGUUUUUGACAUUGAAAUCGGUUCUGGCUUACGAAAUAAUACCUUUAAUGAAAUACAGAAAGUCGUUCGACUUCGUGGUAGAGCGAAUAUUCAGUUUGGAGACAUUUAGUCUCCAAUUUGAGUCCAACUACGAGCUAUUGAAGUAUUCUGUAGUGGAACUUAGUGACCAGUUUAAUGAUGAUAUUAAAAUGCAGCUACAGGGGGUCGCUCUCGAUAUUUUAUUCCAAAAGAGUAAAGAGAUCAAUUAUAUGUCAUCAAGCGAUCUGUCCCAAGAUCUUUUGCAAAUAUUUCGAAAAGUCACUACUGUGACUGCAAGCAGCGAACUUCCGUCAAUUGAUGCACUCAGAGCCUACGCCCGGCUUAUGCCUUUCUUACGGAUUACUGAUCUUAGCGAGAUUCGCCGAAUUACUCAAGAAACUGGAAAUAUUCAGAAAUCAUUCUUCUCCAGUGCCUUUAUGAAUAUUUUAGAACAGGAUGACAGAGCAAGCAUUCUUGAGAGCUUCAACACUCUGUUAGAAGAUAGAACUGUUUUUUCCAUACCAAUCGAGGACAAACGAAGACUAGCGGUCGAUGCUCUUUUAACAAAGCGCCGAUUCGACAUACUCAAACCUUUUGUCGAGAAUUAUCACCUCGAUGUCGAACAUGAUCUUUUGAAGACUCAUUUUUGGCACAUAUUUAACAGCUCUUCCGGAGGAAAUUCUUUGAGGUCUGACGUCGCAGAUGCCCGUGAAAUUCUUAGUAUGUUGACAGAGCCGGAGAGGUCGGGACUUGAAACUCUUCUAGAGGUCAUCGAAGAUCUUUCGCGUCACUCCUUGAGGUUGGGGCAAGGUAAAGAGCCACUCAAGCCAUUGAUUUUGAUGGAAUUCAAGAACAAUGUUGUAGGCUUGAUAUCCGUUUUACUUGAACACAAUACGGACCUCUACAAGGAUGUUGAUUUCACAAAAAGCAUUGCCCAAGGGUUUUCGAGAGCUCUGAGCCCAGACAUCGCCUUCGGGGAAAAAGAGUGUCUUGAUCUUCUACGUCUUCAUAUUGAAUUUGCGCUAGCAGAUUUCGAUUUCGAAUUUGCAUACGGCAGAGGUCAAGAAUUGCUUGCGAGUCAGAACUGCAGCGAAUACUGGCUUACGAUUUUCCAGAUAGGGAAAUUCUUCGAUCCAAGUUGGCCCGAUAAUGAAAUUCCGACAGAAAUCAUUUACCUACAGCUAGAAAUAUUAGGAAAGCUGUUGCAUGUCUGUCCAGUGGAGGAAACCGAGGCCAUUAUUUCGCAUUGGAGUGGGCUUGAAUUAGAAUUAGCCUCCCGAGAUAUUCUUGAUGAUGAAUACUCUCUCAGAAAUAACAAGUCUACUCAGAAAUUCAAAAACAUAAUUUUGAAAGAUGCCACCAACAGCGUUUCCAAUUUCCUAUCCGGAAGUCUUAAAUGGAGUCUGAGUGAGGGUAGAUGA